CUGACGCCGCCGCCGGGCUUUCUCCGGCCGCCGCCGCCACUGCCGCUGCUUCGCGGGCUGGAGGGCCCAGGCGUCCCUGGGCGAGCGGAGGCUGCGGGUGGGAGCCUUCGUGGGCACUGCGGAGCGGGCCGGGGGAGGCCGGGAUGGAGCCCCCCGGAGUUGCCUGAAGCGAGUGGGCCGGGCUCCGGAGCCUCCAGGCAGGAUCUCCGGGCCUCCCGAGGUUGCAGCGGAUGGUGGAGGGCGGCGCAGACAUGGCUCACCUCAGGGGCUUUGCCAACCAGACCUGGGGAGGCAGCUGUUGGCACGUGGGAUGUGGGCCGCCUCUGUCCGGAGCCCGCCUGGGGCUGAGCCCAAGGGCUGGCCGUGCCGAGCACCCCCGCGUGGACCCCGAGGAGCUCUUCACCAAGCUCGACCGCAUCGGCAAGGGCUCGUUCGGCGAGGUGUACAAGGGCAUCGACAACCGCACCAAGGAGGUGGUAGCCAUCAAGACCAUCGACCUCGAGGAGGCUGAGGACGAGAUCGAGGACAUCCAGCAGGAGAUCACGGUGCUCAGCCAGUGCGACAGCCCCUACAUCACGCGCUACUUCGGCUCCUACCUGAAGGGCACGAAGCUGUGGAUCAUCAUGGAGUACCUGGGCGGCGGCUCUGCCUUGGACCUGCUUAAGCCGGGGCCCCUGGAGGAGACUUACAUCGCCACGAUCCUGCGGGAGAUCCUGAGGGGCCUGGAUUACCUGCACUCGGAGCGCAAGAUCCACCGAGACAUCAAAGCUGCCAAUGUCCUGCUCUCGGAGCAGGGCGACGUGAAGCUGGCGGACUUCGGCGUGGCGGGGCAGCUCACGGACACGCAAAUCAAGAGGAACACGUUUGUGGGCACCCCCUUCUGGAUGGCGCCCGAGGUCAUCAAGCAGUCGGCCUAUGACUUCAAGGCGGACAUCUGGUCGCUGGGGAUCACGGCCAUCGAGCUGGCCAAAGGCGAGCCCCCGAACUCUGACCUCCACCCCAUGCGCGUCCUGUUCCUGAUCCCCAAGAACAGCCCCCCCACGCUGGAGGGCCACCACAGCAAGCCCUUCAAGGAGUUCGUGGAGGCCUGCCUCAACAAGGACCCCCGAUUUCGGCCCACCGCCAAGGAGCUGCUGAAGCACAAGUUCAUCACGCGCUACACCAAGAAGACCUCCUUCCUCACCGAGCUCAUCGACCGCUACAAGCGCUGGAGGUCGGAGGGCCACGGCGAGGAGUCCAGCUCCGAGGACUCGGACAUCGACGCAGAUGCCGAGGACGGAGAGCAGGGCCCCAUCUGGACCUUCCCCCCCACCAUCCGGCCGAGCCCGCACGGCAAGCUGCACAAGGGGACGGCCUUGCACGGCCCGCAGAAGUCGGCAGAGCCAGUCAAGAGGCAGCCAAGGUCCCAGUGCCUGUCCACGCUGGUCCGGCCUGUCUUCGGAGAGCUCAAGGAGAAGCACAGGCAGAGCGGUGGCGGCGUGGGGGCGCUGGAGGAGCUGGAGAACGCCUUCAGCCUGGCCGAGGAGUCCUGCCCCGGCAUCUCGGACAAGCUGAUGGCCCACUUGGUGGAGCGCGUGCAGAGGUUCUCCCACAGCAGAAACCACCUGACGUCGACCCGCUGAUGCUGCUGCUCUUGGCGCCGCCGGGGAGGGGUCUCUGUCCUGCGCGCCACCAGGACUGUGCUGACUCGGAGCCCCGCUGCUGUCCUGGCCGGGUCCCACUCCCCUCCACCCCCGCAGAGGGCGGUCCCACUUCCACGUCCCUCCCGGUCGGACCAAGGCCACGCCCGGCAGCGAGGAGGUGGCCGUGCGGCCGCCCAGACCCCCAGACCGCGGGGCAGAGACCUCACUGGGCAGGUGUGCCGCCGCCCAGCCGGGCCUGGCCUCAAAAGACCGUAGAUUUGCCUUGUGUCAGACCAGGUACCGCGUUGUCUUCUAAGUACUCGUGUCAGAAUGUUUUGUUUUUUAAGAAAACCCGCCUUCCUUGCUUCCCUGGGCGUCCAGAGGUGAAGGUGUUAGUUUUCACAGAACCGUGAGAGGCUCCUGCUGCUUUCAAUAAAGACCUGAAUGGCGA